CUCUCCUCUCUCCACCUUUUCUUGAAACGAAAUCGAUCGCCUCUGCAGUUUCUCCUCUCUCUCUCUCUCUCUCUCUCUCUCUCCUGUCGUCCCCAACUCCUUCAUGCAUCGUCGUCGUACCCACUAGCGACGAAAUCCACGUUCUUGUCUCUUCUUGCAGUCAAUCUCUCUCUCUCUCUCUCUCGUUUCUUGUUUGCUGUUCUUGCGGAGCCUCGGGGUUGCAAUGCUUGAAGCUGGAGAUCUAGCUUCGAAUCGCGCGCGCUCGGGUGAUUCGCGACAUGGGUUAUGAGGUCUUGGACAGCAGCGGAACUGACGAUGAUCUUCCUCCCUCAAAUCAGAACAGGAAUUCAAGACAAGGACGCAGUUCAGGCAAUGCAAGGUCUCUUUUAGGUUCUGUUCCACCAAGGAUGUACAACAACAUGGAGGCCCAAAUUCAUCAUCUGGAGCAAGAAGCAUACUCUUCCGUUCUACGUGCCUUUAAAGCUCAGUCAGAUGCCAUUACCUGGGAAAAAGAGGGUUUGAUUACGGAACUUAGGAAGGAACUUAGAGUUUCAGAUGAUGAACACAGAGAGCUUCUAUCAAGAGUUAAUUCUGAUGACAUCAUCCGUAGGAUAAGGGAGUGGAGACAGGCAGGUGGACAUCAAGCUGCCAUGCUGGGCACCGCCCCACCCAUGCACGAUGUAUUACCUAGUCCUACAAUUUCAGCAUCUCGCAAGAAGCAAAAGACAUCCCAAUCGGUUCGGCCGUUGCCUGGUUUGUCCUCAGUCAAUCCUCUUCAGUAUCCUUCUUCUGCCCCUACUAUUAGUAGACAGUAUAGUCAUCGCAGUUCUACUGGUGUUCAUCCUGCAAAUGCACCUGGAGAAGCGGAUCCACUUAUCGGAAGAAAAGUGUGGACAAGAUGGCCUGAUGACAACAACUUCUAUGAGGCUGUCAUCACUGAUUAUAACCCUGUUGAGGGAAGACAUGCUCUGGUUUAUGAUAUACAUACUACCAAUGAGACUUGGGAGUGGGUUGAUCUCAAAGAGAUAUCUCCUGAAGACAUUCGAUGGGAUGGCAAUGAUCUUGCCGUAUCACAUCGCAGUGGUCCACGGCAAGGCUUAAAGAAAUCUUCAGCGCGUAGCGGAGCUGUCCCUGGUUCUGGAAGGGUUAGAGGAUCUACUAAAAGCCAAUCCAAAAAAGAAUUCUUGCCAUUACAAAAUGGUGCUCAAAAGAAGCUCCCAGAUGAUAUCGAGUUAUUUAACACAGAUACUUUAGUAAAAGAGGUGGAGAAGGUUUUUGAUGCAAGCCAUCCUGAUCCUGCUGAGAUUGCGAAGGCCAAGAAAAUGCUGAAGGAACAUGAACAGGCGCUUGUUGAUGCCAUUGCGAGGCUAGGUGAAACCUCUGAUGGUGAAAGUGAUGGAGAACAGGGACAUUUGAUGGAGCAGCAUUGAAGAUAGAAAUGUCAGUUUUCAGAGCGAAAAGAGUUAUGUUUCUGUUCUAAUGGUGUUUUUCUUGAAGACGGGAGUGGUGGAUGAUUGAUUAUUGAGAGGCGGAACGCUUCCUUGAGCUGGAUAUUUCACAUUGGCUUCUGUCUUUUGAUAACAUCAAAGAACAACUUGCAUUAUUCAAUCGGGAGCUGGAAGUGUAUCAAUUGUUUAGCAUGUGUACUGAUAUUAAGAGAUUUUUGUAGGUUUCUAUGACUAUUGACUGGCUACCCUUGGACAUAUUACGUCGUUUGCCAAUUUACAACCAAGAUAAAUUUAUCUUUUAACAA